UAUGACAUAAUAUCUAAUGAAUAAACAUUUUUAUUAAUAUUUUUAACAAUUUAUUUAGUGGUUGAUUGAAAAUAAAGCAAAUAAUUUAGUGACACAUCAUUGUAUCGUAUCAUUGGCAGAGAGCUGAGGACCGAUAGUACAGUAAUACUACUACAGUCUAUAGCAAUAUACUGUACAGUAUAGGGUUGGCGUUGUCUUUCAAUACUGUAUUGCAAUUUAUACAAUAAAUAUGACUUCAAAUAAUACUACAAAUAGUGGUGAAGACAGUAUGAGUCAAUCUAAAAGGGUAUGUUUGAUAUGUUUGUAAAAAAUAUACAAACAAAUUUUGAAAAUCAAAUCAAACCAAUUAUCAAACAAAAACAAUAUAUCAUCACAAAACGUAAAAUGUGUGAUAACUAUGUGAAAGACUUCGGUAACUAUUGCCGAAACAAUGGCAUUCCCGAAGAGGCCAUCAAAUACACAACCGAUAGCAAUACCAAUGGUAUGGGAAAGUACUGGUCUAUUGUGUUUGUAGACAUGGAUGGACUCAGUGAUGUGAUUAGAGGAUCGGCUUUCGGCGACACCGAAUUGGACUCGUGUAACAAUGCGGCCAAACAGGCGCUCGACAAGUGUGGCGAUCGGGUGAUCGUUGAACUGUUGGAUAAAAUUGAACACAUGGUCGUCACAAAAGCUACCGAUGCUGAGGCUGCUGUUGGUAGUGGUGAUCAACAGGACAAAUCUGGUUCAAGUCCUGUUAGUACCGGUGUUGGCGACAACAAUGUCAGCCGAUCUACCGAUGCGACGACAAGGUCGCCAACAGCGACGGGUGACAUAACUAAUAUUCCUAAUCCGAUCGGUUAUCUUAACGAACUGAGCGCCAAUAAGAAGCUGUCGAAAACCUAUACGUUUCCCGACUAUAAAGUGAUAAAAAGGUCGGGCGCUGAUCAUAAUCUUGAGUUUACCUUCGAAUGCAAGAUGUUUGUGAACGGCAUCGAAAUGGUGGUCAGGGGUAAGGGUUCCAAUAAAAAGAGGGCAAAAGAGGAAUCGGCUAAAGCUAUGAUUAGAUUGAUCAACAGUCAAGACGCCGGUAGUGAAAACAUUUCCCCAAACACUUUCUCUGGAGGUCAACAACAACUACAACAACAGGUCAAUCGAGCACAAGAUCUUAACACUCAUAUCCGCAAUAUUAGCCAAAAUUCGGCUCAAAAACAGCAAUUGAACGACUGGUUUGUCGACGAAACUCUUGAUUAUCAGAAAAAGUUGGACAAAAUUUUGCCUCUAUUGGGCUGUUAUGCCAAAUAUGACCAGUCAUGGGAUGGACAGUCGUGUUCUACUAUUGUCGAAGUUAUUGUCACUCAUUUGACUGAUAGAUGGUUUAAAACUAUUGCUAUGAGUGAUAAGGGCGCUAAUGAUAGCCAAUUGAAAGCCGCCAGAAAAACCAUUAUUCAAUUGAAAAUCAAUGUCACCGACGAUGACGAUAGCUAUCAAUAAACAAAAAUUAUUGAAUUUAUUAAUUGAUUAAAUUGAAUAUACUUAUUAAGUGAUUGUAUAUUUGAUUGUAUUAUUAUUAUUCG